CGCACACAUUGAAAGAGGAAGUGUUAUUUGACGACAAGAAGGGGAUCAGUAGCCACUAUGCUGAAGCUGAAGACAAAGUUUGAUCUGCGGAGAGAUGUGGUGGCUGAUAUCCUCAGGAAAGAGCCGACUGUGGGGAGAGUCGAGACAGGAAUGUCCUCUGCGGAUUAUUCUGGGGCUGUGGACACUCGCAUCGUGAACGUGGAGAGAGAUGGGGGGAUUCUCUACUCCUGGAAGGGGGCAUCUGGGACCACUAGGAUUGGGAAAUAUGACCCGACCACAAAGGACAACAAGCUCUUGUAUACGUUUGACCAGCAGGUGUGUGUGAGCAGUUGUUCUCUGAACAAGGAGGAGACACUCCUGGCCGUCAGCCUAACACAAAGGAGAGGAGGACAGGAUCGCCUGAACCCAAUGUCCAACUGUUUGGCCCUGCUCAUUGAGAUCCACCCCAUCAACAACACCAAGGUCCUCAAGGCUGUGGACUGCACGGUCAGAGUUCAGUUCCUCCACCCAGAAACGGACAGCAAGUCUGUGCUCGAGAGCCACCUCUUGCUGAUAGCUGAAGAUGGCUAUAUAGAACAGUACCACGUUCUGCUGAGCAAAUAUGAAGGAUAUAGAGUGGUGAUGUUGAACCCAGAGCGGCUGUCCAAGUUGACUGAGAGGAUAGCGGAGGACGUCAGUUGGGUCCAGUGGGACAGAGACUCCCAGAGUCUGUACUACCUCACACACAGGGACAAGACCUUGCGCUGUUUCCAAUUUUACCCCAAUCACAAUUGCGAGAUUGUGUUGGAGAUGGUGCUAGACUUGCCUACAGAGCCUCUGAACACUUUAAGGUUUGUCAACCUGGGUUUUGACCACUACGAUGAGAAAAAAAUUCAGCAACAACACAAUCAAAUGGAAGUGUUCACAAACAAUAUAGGAACUAUGUGCGUGUGCUUCAGCCAACCAGCGAUCGAUGGCCAGGAGCAGACUUACAGCGUCAUCUUCGUUCAUAAAGGCUGCAGUAAAACAUUCAGAGUGUCUCAGGAGGGGGACGCCCCGGAGUCCCGCCCCCGGCCGCUCUUCAUACCGAUAGGGUACUACAUCCUGGUGUACGUGGCAGGCCGCUUCCUCCACUGCAUCAACAGCAGGCAGCCACAGACCCUCUGCCACUCGCUCUUCCUCUCAGGUCCAGAGGCCCAGCUGGGGCUGCCAGAGCCGUCGGCAGGCGUCACUGUUUUAGGCGUAGAAGAAGAAAGUGAAGAAGAAGGAGGAGGAGCCUCAGCCAGCGUGCUGAUGGACCUGGCCGGUGGCAAGAUCUACAGGGCUGACCUUAGCUCCGCCUUCCUGCUGCAGAUCCUCCGCUCGGACACGCCCCCUACGAGAACCAGCAGCCUGCCUCUCAGCGUGGCCCCUCGAGGGGCCGGUCGGCCCCGGGCCCCCAGCCGGCCAGAAGCCCAGCGGCUGGCGGCCCUCCACUGCCUGCUGGUGUACCUGGGAACCGAACCAACGCUGGAAGACAAGAUCAUUGAUUGGCUGUGUGACAACGCAAUGGCGUUCGAGUCCUUCGAUCAGAUCCAGGAGUUCAUUCUAGCCUCUUUGUACAGGAUCAGCUAUGGGAAGUUUCUCUGUCUCGACAAAGUCUUGCCUUACUCGUCUGUUUUCGACAAGAAGGAAGUGGCGGCAGCACUGCGGGAGGUUCCUGGUGUUUCCUGUACGUCUGAAACGUACACAGACCCCGUGUUCAAAGGGAAGGCCCGGGGGGUGCAGAGCUUCUGGUUGUCUCUCCAGUGGAACACGGAGAAGAUGAAGCACCUGGAGGCCGCGCCCCACCCCCGCUACCGCACCUCGCUGCUGCAGGACCCCUGGGACCGGCUGAGGGCAGACGGGGGGAAAACGCCUAGUCAAUCGAAACAUCUGGAGGAGAACGCAAAGAAAGUUCUAUCAAUGGUGGAUACAUGGAGCCUCGAUAGGAAGACUGUUGCUCUGUUCCAAGAAGAAGAUCCAGAGCAGAGAGCCCUCAUUGGACUGAUGGUGGACAAACUUCGGGAGCAUCUGACCAGACUUCUGCCUGGUCUGGGGAAGAAGAGGAUCGACUCGCUGGUGGUCAACUAUGUAGCCAAACUGCUUGAGCUCAUCAGACACAUGCUGGAUUACGUGUGGGUGAAAUACAGACUGGGCCCACGAGUUCUGUGCCUUACUCAGCAGGGCAGCUCAUCAGAGUGGUCCGUCUUCCACUUCAUGUGUCGGGUCCUGGAAGCCACGAGGGGACUCUGCCUGCCUCUCCCACCAGGCUAUAACACAGUGUUGUCGGUGUUGGCCGUGCGCUGUCUGCCCCACCACGGCUUCCUUCAGUACGUGGACCACGGCGUGCUGCAGCUCACGGAGACCCUGGUCACCCGCCUCAUGGCCGAUUUGGACAACAGUGAAGCCAACGAGAAACUGAAGUUCAGCAUCCUGAAGAGACUGCCUGAGCCCGUAGACCAGAGGGUGCACCAUGUGUGGGACCACCCCGUCACGUCAGCCAUCAUCUCCAGGGACUACGUGAGGAGCGUGCUGGAGAGGGCGCAGAAACAAAAGGGAUUCGAAUUCACAGGGAAGGAAAAUAUGGGCUUCAAACCCCAGUUUCUACCUCUUACCCAUCUGACGCAAAUACUGUCUGAUGUCGAGCAACGAGCCCUGAACCCCUUCGCGGAGCAGGGGGCCGUGGACGCACACUUCGUGGAGGAGACGGCUCUGAAGCAGACGCUGGUCCACCUGGGCUUCAGCAGGAAGUGAUGGAGGGGGGGGAGGG